UGCCCCCACUCAAGCUUUUUCCGUGGAGCUGGGAUCUGUAGGGGUUCUGGAUGUGCCCGUACAUUCACCCUUGUCGCCAGCGAAAAGUUUCAGUCCACCAGCCUAGCUUGGGGGCAUUUACUUGUUUCAGGCUGACAGUGGGACACAGCAGCCUGUCCUCAGAGCUGCCUCCCUCUUGUACGACCAGGCUGUAUGCCAAGAACACACCCAGCCAAAAGUCUUCCCCCCAAGCCGGACGGUGGUUCUGAAAGAAAACAGGCCCAGAGAGAAAACAGGAAAGGGCAUGGCACUCAUUGUAUUUGUCCUGUAGCCAUCAUGGACCUACUAUGUGCCAAGUAGUGGUACGCAGGGAACAAUUAUCAAAGCACCUGCACGUCUCCAGCUGGAACUUGAAGAAGGAAGGAAAAGCCGCAGGCCUGUGAAACAUCCACAGAAGACACAGAAGGUGCAUGUGGCCUAUGAGGCUUCUAAUGGUGAGAAAGGUGAGGCCGAUGAGGCCCUCAAAGUACCAGUUUGGGAGCCCCAGAAUUGGCAGCAGCAGCUGGCUAACAUUCGCAUCAUGAGAAGCAAGAAGGACGCGCCUGUGGACCAGCUAGGUGCUGAGCACUGCUACGAUGCCAGUGCCCCACCAAAGGUGCGGAGGUACCAGGUACUCUUGUCGCUGAUGCUCUCCAGCCAGACCAAAGACCAGGUUACAGCAGGUGCCAUGCAGCGCCUACGGGCCCGGGGUUUGACUGUGGAAAGUAUCCUGCAGAUGGAUGAUGACAUGCUGGGCAGGCUUAUCUACCCUGUGGGCUUCUGGAGGAACAAGGUAAAAUUCAUCAAGCAGACAACCACCAUCCUGCAGCAGCGCUACGAAGGGGACAUCCCUGCUUCAGUGGCGGAGCUGGUAGCCUUGCCAGGUGUUGGGCCCAAGAUGGCACACUUGGCCAUGGCUGUGGCCUGGGGGACCAUAUCAGGCAUAGCAGUAGACACUCAUGUGCACAGAAUAGCCAACAGACUGAGAUGGACCAAGAAGGUGACCAAGUCCCCAGAGGAGACACGCACAGCCUUGGAGGAGUGGCUGCCCAGGGCGCUGUGGAGUGAAAUCAAUGGACUGCUGGUAGGCUUCGGCCAACAGACUUGUCUCCCUGUCCAUCCUCGCUGCCAGACCUGCCUCAACCAGGCCCUGUGCCCUGCUGCCCGGGACUUCUAAGGGUCAUAGGGCUUCCUCUGGCCAGUGUCUCUGAAGUGCCUUUGUGGGGAGGGGUAGUAAGGUUUGGGGGUUGUUUGCAGGGUGUAUAAUAAAGCUGGGGAUUUAUUCA